AUGAAGAGCAAACGAGUCGGUGUUAGAAUGAUUAAACUUGACUCUCUUUGGGAAAGUCUAGUUUGGACAUGGCGUUUAAUGAGGUCGAAACUCGCAUUUCCGGAAACCCUCGCCGACUGGAAUUUGAAGAAUUCCAAAAAUUACCAUGCAGAUUUUAUCUAUGAUCCUGUCGGCCUUGGAAAUUUGAACCCUCCACCGUUUCCACCCGCAGCAAAAGUGACGGCGUACCCUUAUGCUCGUCAACUGCCAAGUAAGGCUCCUAUCCCGAGGACUCUGUGGGCACCACGUAUAUGGGCAGCUCGCGACGCACUUGGAAGAGAUGUUAUAAUUAAGGUGAUAUCAGAGGUCGACAACCCAUCAAACGAGCUGAAGGUCAUGCAACUCCUUAACAGCAAGAAGUUACGUUCCGAUCCGGCCAAUCACGCUAUCUACGCCCUCGAUUACAUUACUUUCGACAAAUUCAUCUUUGUAGUGAUGCCCAGAUGGGAUAGUUGCAUCCUCCCUGAGUUCGAGAAUGUUUCUGAGCUGAUGUCGUUUGCCAAAACAGUUCUGGAGACUUUCGACUUCUUGCACCGCAACAGAAUCGUUCAUUUAGACUGCCUUCCACAAAACAUUGGCAUGAAUGCCGUUUUAGAAUCUUCGGAAACUAGUCGCAGAACAGGACUGCGGGAUCCGAAAGAAGUCCGAUAUGCCCUCUUCGAUUUUAGUGCUUCUGAAGUUUUCCCUGAGGAUACCAUCCUCGAAGAGGCGCAUACAUCGCGGCGUGACCUCAAUUUUGCUUUGCACGAUGUUCCACCCGAAACUAUCUCGUACCCGUUCAAUCCAUUUCGAGUUGACGUCGCUUUCAUGGGUACAUGCCUUCAAACAUACGUCAGGCACCUUGAAAACAGAAUACCCGAGCUUGGGCCGUUCUUCGACUCCUUGGUUCAUGUGAACGAUCCGAAUCAGCUAUCAGCUAAACAGGCCUUGGCCCGCUUUACAGAUAUAUUCAAUGAUCUUAGCCCAGAGGUGGCUAGUGCACCUUGUGAUGGCUUCAUUUGGGAAGAUGGGACCCUUACUGAUCUACAAAUUCGCCUCACGGAUGAGUGCAGGACAGUGGAAGAGAAGGUGAAGAGAAGGGGACAGGCCAGGGACAGGCAGGGAAACAGCGCCUCAGAAGAUCAGCCAUCCACGCUAAAUGCUACGAAUGCGAAACCGAAAGUGAAAGCGGUAUUCAGGCUCUGGGUUCCAGAGGCCGCAGUGCCAGCACUGGGAAUAGGGCUCCACCACUGCAACUGCACCUGUCAAAGAGAAGAAGGGGGAAAGGGUGAAGUAGAGGGCAGGUCCACGGUCACCCCGCAGCUUCGGCUGGAAGGAGGGGGGAAGACGCAGCCUAUCGGCGAUGAUACCGACGUCGACGUUUAG